GGUAGGCAGCAUCACUGGCUGGAAGUGUUUGGUUUGAUGAAAUCAGGAAGUUAACGCUUUUCCUUUGCAAUCCGUGCUUGUGAGUGUUCCUUCGGCUCUUUUGUCUUUGGUUAAACAUUCAGUUGUGGAUUUAUCGAAGUUUAGCCUGUUCAAUGCUUUAGAAGUGCAAAAAUCAAUACCAUUCGACAGUGCAUGAACACUACGGACAAUGCGCCCAUCUCUAACCAGUGUCUUCCACCACACCAGUGACUCAGACUGGGACCAGUCCCACUGACCACCACCACCACCCUGUACUGGUCCCAGUUCAGUCCUGCCCUGCUGUGGAGGAGGAGGCAUGUCCUACUGGUCUGUAGGCCUCUCCAAGGCCACUGGAGACACACAGAGCAACAACAUGGAGGACCAAGAGAAACAAGAUGGUGAACAAGAUGGUUCUUUGGCGGUGGAGGACAUGGGAGCCAAGGUGUCUGCGAUGGGCAGCGGUGGAGCCUCCUCUCUGGGUCCGUCUCCAACCCUGGAGAACAUCCAGGCAGCGUACGGGGAAGGGGAGGGCAGGAAGGCCCGGGAGCUGAUCCAGCAAGCCUGCUGUGUGGAGUGUAGCGCGGCUAGUCCUCGGCUGGAGGGGCUGCGUCUCCUGUGUGUGGCCACCCAGCAUGGUGAUGCGGAGAGUGUAAGUUACCUCCUCCAUGAGGCCCGUGUGCCCCUGCCCCUGGAGCCGUCGGAGGGAAACCCCGCCGUCCUUGCUGCCCACUAUGGACAUGUCAGCCUGGUCAGAGAGCUGCUCGACUCAGUACCAGGUCCGUGUGUCCACAGAGAUCUGCUGAACUGGAUGUUGGUGUCGGCGUGCCAACAGGGUCACCUGGAGGUGGUUAGAAUGUUGGUGCAGGGUUACCAUGCUGACGCUGAGGACUGUGCCAUCCACAACGAGGAGUUUGCUGUCAUCACGGGGCUGCCUCUCUAUGCUGCUGCACGCGCAGGUAAUGAGGACAUAGCUAGUUUCCUGCUGCAGAAUGGUGCUGGGUUCUCCUCCUACACCCUGAUGGAUUAUCCUGCCUUCAGCAGACUGCUCCUUGAACAACGACUGGUAGAAGAAGCAGACACACACACAGGACCAGCAGGAGAAAAGCUACUAUGUGGCCGUUGGUCAGGUCUGAAGCUGCCGUGGUUGGAGCUGGACUGGUUCAUGGACGUGUCGUCCCGUAUCUCCCACCUGGACCUGUCCUGUAACAGCCUCAGCACCCUGCCCUCCGUGGUUCCCUGGGGGCUCAUACAGCUCCAGACCCUAGACCUCUCCAACAACCUGUUCAAAGAGCUGCCCACAGCACAAAGCUCACAGGAGAUCAUCUGCUCAAGACUUCGCCAGGUGAAUCUGUCUCAGAAUGAGUUGACCAGCCUGCCGUCCGGACUGCUCCAUCUCACCAGAGUCCAAAAGCUCUCCGCUGUUAAGAACAAGCUCACCUCCCUAUUUGACAUUCCUAAUGGUACUAACUGGAUAGCUCGUAAGCUGGAGGAGCUGGAUGUGUCUGAUAACUGUCUGACCAGUCUUCCUUCUGCUGUUCUGCACUCUUUCAAAUCCCUUACGUCCCUCAAAGUCUGCCGGAACAGACUCACCAGCUUCCCUGACCCCUGGGCCUGCCCUCUGAAGCACUGUCGAGCCUCAUCCAACGCCAUCGAGAGUCUUCCCAAUACCAUCUCCAUCUUCUGGAGAACUCAGCUGCAGGAGGUGGAUUUCUCGGACAACGUCAUCAAGGAGCUGCCCUCCUAUAUAUUCGAGCUGGAGGCCCUGGUCUCUCUCAGACUGUGUAAGAAUCAGAUCUCCACUCUCCCGGCACCCAACAAGUGGAAAUGCUCUCUGCUCAGAACCCUUGACCUCUCCAGGAACCAGCUGGGCAAGCCUGAGGAGGGACCCAAAACCAGGAAGCUGGCCUUCCUGACCACAUGGCACCGAAGAGACCCUGACCCAGUAUGCCCAAUCGAGUUUCCAGUAAUUUUGCGGGAUACGUUGGAAGUGCUUUCCUUGAACGACAACCAGCUGGAGUGUGUGCCCCAGUCCGUGUGUGGCCUGAGAAACCUCACGGAGCUCUACCUCUCCAAUAAUCCAGGUAUUCGAGAGCUUCCAGCUGAGUUGGGGCAGCUCUCUAACCUGUGGCAGUUGGACAUUGAGGACCUCAACAUCACUAAUGUUCCCCAGGACAUCAGGAAAGAAGGUCCAGCAUCAGUGUUGUCCUUUCUCCGAGCCCACCUACGGAAGGCGGAGCCCUGUAAGCUGCUGAAGCUGCUUGUGAUUGGUCCUCCUCGGCAGGGAAAGACGGCCCUCCUGGAGGUGUUACAGACGGGCAGGACCUCCCCUUUCUCCCCUGCAGAACGAAACAUCAGCACAGCUACUUGGGAACUGGACAGACCCAAUGGUGUUAAAGCUAGCACGGACUCUGUGGCGUUCAACGUGUGGGACAUCGGCGGUCCGGCCAACAUGUCCACGGUCAACCAGUGUUUCUUCACGGACAAGGCCCUGUACGUAGUCAUCUGGAACCUAGCUCUGGGAGAGGAGGCUGUAGCCAAUCUGCAGUCCUGGCUGCUUAACAUUGAGGCGCGUGCCCCUAACUCUGCGGUGGUGGUGGUGGGUACCCACCUGGACCUGAUCGACACCAAGUUCCGUACAGAGCGGGUGGCCACACUGAGGGCCUACAUCCUGGCACUCAGCAGGUCUCCAUCAGGCGCCAGGGCCAGUGGCUACCCAGACAUCACCUGGAAACACCUGCAUGAGGUAUCGUGUAAGACCCAGGAGGGUCUGGAUGGUCUGAGGAGGUUGAUCUUCCAGGUGGCCUGCUACAUGAAGGACAACAGCAGUAGUUCAGCUAGCGGACACAAGCUGGUGGGCAGACUGAUCCCAAAGAGCUACCUGACGCUGCAACAAGCGGUGCUAGGUGAGCGGGGGCGGCGGGACGCAGAAGACGAGGUCCAGUACCUGACAGACGCACAGCUGGACCUCGUCAUAGAGCAGAACCCAGGAAGUGACAUCAGAGACUACGAGGACCUGCAGACCGCCAUAAGCUUCCUGAUCGAGACAGGCACCCUACUCCACUUCCCAGACACCAGUCACGGCCUGUGUACCCUCUACUUCCUCUGUCCCGUGUGGCUGUCGGAGUGUCUGGAGCGGAUCAUCCACCUGAAGAGCUCCCGAUCGGUGGCCUGGAACGGGGUGAUCCGAGCGGAGGACCUCCGCAUGCUCCUGGUGGGAACGGGCUUCACCCAGCAGACGGAGGAGCAGUACUUCCAGUUUCUGGCCAAGUUUGAGAUUGCUCUGCCUGUGGCCAGCGAUAGUUACCUCCUCCCCCACCUCCUUCCUCCUAAACCUGCUAUGGACAUCCACGGCUUCCGCCAAGAGACCGCCAACACCAUCCAGCGGCUCUUCAAGAUGAGCUUCGUGCCGGCGGGAUUCUGGGAACGUUUCAUCGCCCGCAUGCUCAUCAGCCUCACAGAGAUGGACCUCCAGUCCUUUGAGCCUAAGAAGAAUGCUAAGAGCGAACGGAGGAGGACCACGGUGAUCUACAAUUUUGCGGGGACAGGCAGCCAACAGAGGAACCGCUGUAGCACCUUCAGAGUCCGCCGCAGUAAGACCAUCUACUGGAGAGAGGGACUACUGGUCACCUUCGACGGAGGGUAUCUAAGUGUGGAAUCGACUGAUGUCAACUGGAAGAGGAAGAAAAGCGGAGGCAUCAAGAUCAUUUGUCAAUCAGAGACCAGGGAUUUUUCAGCCAUGGCCUUCGUUACGGAUCACGUCAACUCCCUCAUCGAACAGUGGUUCCCUGCACUGACGGCCAGUGAGAGUGAUGGGACCCGGUUGAUUGAGCAGUACUCCCCCUGUCCCCAGUGUUCCUCCAUGAGCAGACAGAACCAGGGGCCUGGGAGCAGAGAAAAGGUUGGUGGAAGAGGAGAGCACUUCUUCAACAUGGAGGACUGUGUGAUCGCUGCCAUGGACCAGGACUACAUAGUGUGUCCCCAGCACCCCGACCAGCCUGUCCCCCUUCAGGAGCUGGUCCCAGAGCUUUUCAUGACCGACUUCCCCUCACGGUUGUUUCUAGAGAAGGCCCAGUUGGAGUGUAGUGAGGAGGAGAGUGAUAUCCUGGGCCAGGGGGGCAGUGGAGCUGUCAUCUACAGAGCCUGUUACCGCGGCCAACCAGUCGCCAUCAAACGCUUUCACUUCAAGAAGUGCAGGCAGCAGACCAUCAGCAGUGCAGACACCAUGAUGAAGCACUUCCAGUCCAUGGACGCGUGCCGGAGCUUCUCAGAGUUCCGCCAGGAGGCUAGCAUGCUCCACUCCCUGCAGCACCCGUGCAUCGUGGCCCUGGUGGGAAUCAGUAUCCACCCGCUCUGCUUCGCCCUGCAGCUGGCUCCCCUGGGCAGCCUCAACACUGUGCUGGAGGACCGACAUAAAGGCUCCAGGUACAUGCCCCUGGGUCAGCUCACCUUCAGGGCAGCCUAUCAGAUCGCAACGGGGCUGGCCUACCUGCACAGGAAGAACAUAAUCUUCUGUGACCUCAAGUCAGACAACAUCCUGGUGUGGUCCCUGGAGGUGUGUGACCUGGUGAAUAUCAAGCUGUCGGACUACGGCAUCUCGCGCCAGUCCUUCCACCAGGGGGCACUGGGGGUGGAGGGCACGCCGGGAUACCGCCCCGAGAUACGCCCAGGCAUCGUUUAUGAUGAGAAGGUGGAUAUGUUCUCGUAUGGGAUGGUUGUGUAUGAGUUGCUGUCAGGUUGUAGGCCUGCGUUGGGCCAGCACCAGCUCCAGAUAGCUAAGAAGCUGUCUAAAGGGAUCCGUCCGGCCCUGGGGAGCCCAGGAAGUCCAGUUCCACUGUCUGCCGGCCUGAUGAUCGAGUGCUGGGACACUAAGCCUGAGAAGAGACCCCUGGCCAUGCAGUGUGUGAGGCAGAUGCAGGAGCCCAGUUUCCCGUGUCUGAGGUACCUGCUGUCCUGUGACACACACUCCCAGCUCUUCCUGUCCCACCUGCAGGGACACAGCGCUGUCUUCUGGGACGGGGACAAGGACGACAGGAACUACAGUGUGGUGAACGUAGAGAAGGGUCAGGUAGAUGAAGAGGAUGCCGUGUCCGGAUCCAGGCUGAGCUGUCAGAUGAAGAUGGACAACACCUUAUGGACCCCACAGAGGUUGCAGGAAGUGUUCAUCUACAGUCUAAAGGAGAUGUGUCCACUGAGCCAGCCCCAGAAACAGCUCUCCUGUCCUGCUAUAGUCACCUGUCUGUUCCCCGUGCCCGCCAGAGACCAGACCCAGGCGCGUGUCUUCAUGGGGAUGUCAGACGGUCUGGUGGCAGUGUACUCCCUGGUGGAUGACAUGCCUGUAGAAGGAGAGACCUAUCUGUGUUCUCACACCCUCAAUACGACCAUGUUUGGGAUGGAGGACUCUGACCCAAGACAGAGACCCUACCCAGUCAGGAGCAUGGUCCUGGUCCACAGUGGCUCCCAGCUGUGGUACUCCCAUGGUCCAGGCCUGCUGGUGAUCAACUGCCGGACCCUCCAGGCGGUGCGUCGUCUGGACCCCUACGACCCCCCAUCCUCCAUACAGGCCCUGGCCUCCAGCCUCUGUCUGUCAGGGGAUGAGGCAGUGUGGACCCUGGACGACCACACCAACACCCUACAGCUCUACCACGCUGCCACCUACCAGCUCUGUGCCACGUACAGCUGUGGCGACGCCAACCCUCUCCGGGACGUGUUCACUGUACAGCGACCUGCAGGGGUUACCAUGGAUACGACCCCUGACCUUGACUCAAAGAGGAAGGGUCUAGAGGAGGAGGAGGAGGAGUGUCCUAACGGCGAAGUGACGCUGAUCUACAGCGCGGAGGCAGGGACUCAGAUCAUCCAGCACCAGGAUUCGCUGACGGACUACUGCUCCAUGUCCUCUGACUCCACCCCUUCGAUGGGAUUUGACCAAUCCUGUUCCGGCCCCUCGUCAGAGCCGCUGGGAUUGGACCGAUCCAGUUCCUACGCUCUCAGCUCAUUAGCUAGUUCCAGCAGUAUGCCUUUUUCCACUGAGGAGGAAGAGAGGCCUCAGGACCACCCAGCCAACCCUGACCCUGUGGUGAACUCUGACCCCACCACGACCUUUAGCCCCACGUCCCCCCACCUGCAGGCCCUAACUGUGCUGGCUGUCAAUGGAACCCUUUGGAUCCCCAGGAGUGGUGGUGACGUGAUGGUGAUCGAGGUCCAGCGGCAGACAGGACAGCUCAGGGGGCGUGUCAUCGCUGUGCUCAGGCCCCCUGGAACUUCCUCUUACGGGACCCUGGAGGAGGCCGCACUAGUGGCAAAGGACACUGUUGUGUGUGGCUUUCGCAACGAAAACAGGGCCUGGUGCCUGUGUGUCUGGCGGGGCUGGGGCCCCCGAGAGCUGGAGCUCUUCUACCAGUCCUACGAGGAUCUGGGGAGGCUGGAGACUAGUAUGAGGAAAAGAAGGUAGCCGUUGUACGGCACCGGCCGCAGUGGCCCAGGCAGGGGCUAGCAGUCACAGAAUCACAGCUCUCUGUGUGAGAGCGGGAGGGAGGGAGAAGGAGGGGGAGAUAGAGAGUGUGUGUGUGUGUAGAGAGAACUCGGCCAGGGGGAAUACACACUCACAGGCCCCCAGUGUUCAGGUGACGGGGAGAGGAGAAGAGAGGGAGAGGAGAGGAGGGGUGAGGGAGAUGGGGAAGCAGAAGAGAGGACAGGACAGGAGAGAUUGGGAGAUGUUGACAGGAGACACAGGGAAGGGGGAAGGAUGCCUCACCCUGUCUCAGCUUGGGCCCAAACCCCCAGGGACCCAGUCAAAAGCCCCUGUGUGCCCCCAACACACCCCACACUUCCCCCUCUGGUGCCCCCCAACACACCCCACACUUCCCCCUCUGGAGCAUCACUAAGAUGGACUGACCACCAGUUAAACCUGAACCUGAGGAAAAGUAGUGCACAUUCCCUACAUAGA